AUGGCGGACAGAGAUCUUUCCUUGGGUCCUAGAGAAGGUGUUUCUUACCCUAUCAAAGUACUUUAUUGCGGAAAUUGUUCCAUGCCAAUAGAGUAUUGCGAAAAUUAUCCUGAGUAUGAUAAGUGCAAACAGUGGCUAGAAAAAAAUUUACCAACUGAAUUUGAAAAGGUUAAAAUAGAUGACGAAGAUAACGGAGGUGAAGGUGAAGAAAAGAAACGGCAGAAACGGGGUGGUAAAGGCAUGUUGAAAUCAAAGAAAAAAGAAGAUGUCCCUAAACUAGUUCAAGUUUCAAGAGCCCCUCGGGGCAAGAAAAAGUCUGUUACAGUAGUAUCAGGAUUAAGUACUUUCGAUAUUGACUUGAAAGUUGCAGCAAAAUUUUUUGGUACAAAAUUUGCAUGUGGGUCAUCAGUUACAGGAGAUGAUGAAAUUGUGAUACAAGGUGAUGUAAAGGAUGACUUAUUUGAUGUUAUCCCAGAGAAAUGGCCUGAGAUUGAUGAAGAUAGUAUUGAAGAUUUAGGAGAUCAAAAGAGAUAG